CUGCUGGUGCGCAUGUGGUAGUGCUGGAUGUGGCGGGGUGAGGGGCGCGCUCGGGCUGUGCUGCUCUCUCUUCUCCCUUCUCCUUCCUCUCCUCCGCUCCUCUCCCCUCCGGCUCUCACGGAGCUGUGGCUGAGGGCCGGGGUCAGGCCAAGGGGAAAUUCGGGGGGUUCUGCGACCCCCGGCGCCAUUUUGCUCUCCCAGUCUGCACCUCCUGUCUUGGCCCCGCGUACUGAGGGCAGAGCCGCUGCCUCCCCCCGCGUCCCCACGGGCAGCCGGAGCAGAGAUGGGGAAGGCGACGAAGCGGAAGAAAAAGGCGUCAGUGCCCUCCACUGCAAAGGGCCCCGUGAAAUCGGCCAUGGCCGUGGUCAAGAGCAACCCCUUUGAGGUGAAAGUCAACAGGCAGAAGUUUGACAUCCUGGGGAGGAAGACCAAAAAUGAUGUGGGGCUGCCGGGUGUCUCACGGUCCAAGGCCAUCAAGAAGCGCAAUCAAACAUUGCUGAAAGAAUAUAAAGAGAGAGAAAAGACAAAUGUGUUCAAAGAUAAACGUUUUGGUGAAUACAACACCAAAAUCACUCCUGAGGAAAAGAUGAUCAGGCGAUUCACUCUGGAAAGACAGCAAAAUUAUGGAAAGAAGAAUAUCUAUAAUCUUAAUGAAGAUGAGGAAUUGACUCACUAUGGCCAAUCUUUGGCAGAAAUUGAAAAACUAAAUGAUAUUGUUGAUAGUGACAGUGACACAGAAGAAAGAGGAACACUUUCAGCUGAAUUAACUGCUGCUCACUUUGGAGGGGGUGGAGGCCUCCUUCGUAAAAAAGUAUCAAGUGAGCAGCAAGACGAAGAAGAGGAAAAGCCGAAGUCUAGGAAAGAACUGAUUGAAGAGAUGAUAGCCAAAUCUAAACAAGAAAAGCAAGAGAGGCAAACCCGGAGAGAAAGUGCCUUAGAACUGACAGAAAAACUUGACAAAGACUGGAAGGAGAUCCAAACCCUUAUUGCCCGCAAAGCCCCAAAGUCAGAGAGGAAGGACAAGGAAGUAGAAAAGCCCAAGCCUGAUGAAUACGAUAUCAUUGUUCGAGAACUUGGAUUUGAGAUGAAAGCAAAACCUUCAGAAAAGCUGAAGACAGAAGAAGAAUUGGCCAAAGAGGAGCAGGCCAGACUCCAGAAGCUCGAGGCAGAUCGAUUGCGUCGCAUGCGUGGCAUAGAUGAAGAGGCAAAUCAAAAGAGACCCAGCCACGUGUCAGCUGAUGAUCUAGCUGAUGGCUUUAUCCUGGACAAAGAUGACAGACGUUUAUUGUCUUACAAGGAUGGAAAAAUUAAUAUUGAAAAUGAGGAGGAGAAAGGGGAGGAGGGAGAGGAAGAAGAAGAGGAGGAAGGAGAGGAAGGAGAUAAUGAGGAUGAAGAGGAAAGUCAAGAAGAAUCUGCAAGUGAAGAUGAGGAGGAUGCUGCUGCAGAUGGCCACUCUGAUCUUGAAUCUGAUCUUGAGAGUGAAGGAGAAGCUGCAGAGAACAAAGAAGAGAAGAAACAUGAGGCAAAUGAAAAUGAAUCACAGAAUGUGGAGAAAUUAGAUCCAAAGAGAGAAGCUGCCAAAUCAGAGCUUCCCUAUACAUUUGCUGUUCCUGAGUCCUACGAGACAUUUAAGUCUUUAUUGGCUGGAAGAACAAUAGAACAACAGCUUAUUAUACUGGAGAGGAUUCAGAAAUGCAAUCAUCCAAGCCUUGCAGUGGGAAACAAAGCAAAGUUGGAAAAAUUGUUUGGCUUCCUUUUGGAAUAUAUUGGAGAGUUGGCAACUCUGGAUUUACCAGAGCUCAGAACAAUUGACAAACUGGUCCUGCCGCUGUACAAUCUUUGCCAGAUGUUUCCUGAGGCAGCCAGUGACAGUAUCAGGUUCAUCCUUCGAGACGCUGCACACGAUCUGGAGGAAGUAAUUGAAGUCAAAGGCCGUGCAACACUUCCAGCCUUAGACACGCUUAUUUAUUUGAAAAUUGUAUCUCUGCUGUUUCCAACUUCUGACUUCUGGCACCCAGUUGUAACACCUGCUUUUAUAUACAUGAGUCAGCUGCUUACUAAGUGUCGCAUUACAACAUUGCAAGAUGUUAUUAAAGGGUUGUUUAUAUGCUGCUUGUUCCUGGAAUAUGUAUCUCUCUCCAGAAGAUUUGUACCAGAACUCAUCAAUUUCCUUCUUGGAGUACUUCACAUCUCUCUACCCAAAAGCCAGGCCCAGGGCUAUACUGUAGUGCAUCCAUUUACACCAGUGGGGAAAAAUCUAGAAUUGCUGUUGGUGUGUGAUAAGGAGGAUCUGAAAAGCUGGGAGAAGCAAAAUGUGCCAUUGAGUAUUGUGACUAGAUUAAAGGAAGCCAGCAGAACAGAGAUAAAUCAUACCAGGUUAUCAUGUCUAGCCCUAUGUUUCGACCUUAUUAAAAAAUGUGCAGCUCUCUAUGAAUCUUUACCAUCAUUCCAUGAAAUAAUGCAUCCUGUCAGAAUACUCCUUACAAAACAUAUGCCAGUUAAUGAAUAUCCUGAAAAAAUGCAGGAAUGGUAUCACAGUGCUCUGAAAGAGCUGGAGAACAAAGUAAAACACUAUAUCCCACUGGUAUGUGAGAAAAAGAAGCCAGUGCCAUUGAAACAGUAUACUCCUAAAAUUGUGAAAGUCUUAGAGUUUGGAAGAAAGCAGGCAGGCAGCAAGAAGGAGCAAGAAAGGAAGCAGCUGAUCCGGAGGCACAAACGUGAACUUAAAGGAGCCAUCCGUGAGAUUCGGAAAGAUAACCAGUACCUGGCUAGGAUGCAGCUGUCAGAAAUCAUGGAGAGAGAUGCAGCCAGAAAAAGAAAAGUGAAAGAGCUUCUUGGUAGCCUUGCUACACAGGAAGGUGAAUGGAAAGCAAUGAAAAGGAAAAAAUGGAAGAAUUAAUUGGGACUAUCUACAGCAGGAAGCUUACUGCUAUAUAAAACACCCCAAUCAUGACUUUUCAACAGAUUUUAAGUGCAUUUUUUGGAUGCAUUCCUUUUGAGGAGAAAACAUCAUUGGAUCUGUUUGAAAAAAAUGAACCUGCUUAUUAGGAAAAUCCACAACUUUUCAUAAGGAAAAUAAAAAUAACACUUUUGUACGUGGCAUGCUUCUGUUUUAUUUUAAUGAGAACAUUUGGACAAAUAAUCAGAAUUCUGAACCUAAAACCUGAUCACACACACCCAAUUUGAACUAUACACACACACACACAAAUUCUACGUCAGAAACCUUCUGUUACUUCAAGCUGGUGACAGGUCAGUAGUGAGGUUCCAUUUCAGGGUCAGUUCUCUUCAACAGCUUCAUCAAGGACUUGGACACAGGACUUGAAGCUACACUGAGUAGUUCUGCAGAAGACACUGAACUGGGAGGAGCUGCUGACCCCCUCAAAGGCAGAGAGACCCUGCAGAGAGAUUUUGACAUUCACCAACCAUGUGAAGUUCACAAGGGCAAGUGCUGGAUUCUGCACCUGGGAUGGAGCAACCCUGGAUGUACAGACAGCCUGGGGAAUGAGAGGCUGGAGAGCAGUGCCAUGGGGCUCCUGGGCAGUGCAGAGUGGAACAUGAGCCAGCAGUGCCCACCAGUCAGGAGGGACAUCCCUGUGCUGGGGACAUCAGGCCCAGCAUGGCCAGCUGGGCAAGGGAGGGAUUGUCCUGCUCUGCUCGGGGCUGGGGCAGCCUCACCUCGAGUGCUGGAUAUAAAAGCUACAAGAGAGUGAACAAAGGUGGAUGAAGGGCCUUGAGGGGAAGUCCAUGUGAGGAGUGGCUGAGGGCACUUGGUCUGUUCAGCCUGGAAAAGAGAACAAGGAGAGACCCCACUGCAGUUACACCUUCCUUGUGAGGGGAAGGGAGGGGCAGGCACUUCUGACACUUUUCUCUGUGUUGACAGUGACAGCACUCAGGGAAUGGCCUGAAGUUUUGUCUGGGGUAGUUUGAAUAAUAGGAAAAGGUUGAUCUGAAACAUCUCCCCUAGGAAGUGGUUGCAGCACCAGGCCUGACAGAGUUCAAGAAAUUCUUGGGCACAUGGUAUGACUCUUGGGGAUGGUCCUGGUAGGACAUUCUAUGAUCUUUUUUUAAUGUUGAAUAGUUGCAGGCAGCUCUCAUAAUCAUAAUAUAAUUUAAACAGUAACAUUUUAAUUAGUCUGUACCAGGACAUACUAAAUUGUGUAUUGAGUAAUGGCAUCAACUCUUAAGUAAAAGUCCUUUGUUAAAGCUGUACAAACAUUCAUCUUUUUGGUAAGUUUUGAAUUGAGCACAGCUCUGAAGUUCUUAAUAAUCUAGGGUGAUUAAUUAGAAUUCCUCAUUGUAUUCAGAACUGUCUGACGUAAGAGAACAGUGAUAUCCUUAACUUUCUUCCACCUCAUUUAUCAUGUAUGUUUAAUCACUGAUAGCUGCCCAGCAUGACUUUGAAAAGCAUCUGCUCUUCAAAGAGAGCCAGUGAAUACUUCUAACACUUUCUUUUUAUACUGUAUUUGCAAAGCAACAUUGCAAUGGGACAAAAAGCAUCAUAGUUACUGAUGGGUGCUAAUCUGAACUAGGUUCACUGGUCAGGGAUUCACUUAAUAUUUGGUAAAUUCAGUAAUAGUUGUUACGCAUUGAACAAAUUUGUAAUGUUUCCAUGGGAAACUGUUAGAAAAAUGAAAUUCCCUUUUACAUUAACAUUUCAAUUUCAAUCUGAAAGACAAGCUAUAAAAUAAGACCUGUAUUAAGAAUGAACUAAGGGCCGUGGUUCUUUACAAAAACAAACCCCCCAAGUUCCCUCCAUUUCAAAUGCUGUUCCUAGAUCUGAUCUGUGUUUUGGCCAAUGGGUACCUGAGACAUUGUAACGCUCUACCUACUAUUCAUGAAGAAAAAUUUACAUGCUGUCAGUUAAUUUGAUUUAAUCGUUAGGCUUGGUUGUUUUGGACUGGCUUUGAAUGUUUCUUUGUUCUGUUCUCUGGAGUUUUUGGUUUGAUGUUUUUGGGGCUGUUUUUUGGCUGGGGUUUUUUUGCUGUGGUUGGUCGGUUGGUUUGAGGGUUUUUUUCAAAUUAAACUUGUAAUGGAAGCAGGACUAAAACUAGGAAGGGCUGAGUUAAAACACAGCCUUUACAUUUAGUGUCUAAUGACAAAACUGUCUUUGUUAGGCAAGUCUUGUUCCUUAAAAAAGAAAAGCACUUCAUUGAAGGAGAAGGCUUUUUUAAACUGUCAGUGUAACUAGUAAUGCAAGUAAUAUGUGAUUAUAAUCAGCUUUUUUUGGUUUGCAAAAGCAUUUCUAUUAAGUGUUAAAAUAGGCAAGAUGCUAAGUACUUGUGGGGAAGAUACUCAUCUCAUGCAAAAAAUUGGUAAGAUUCCUAUGCUUGAAAUCCACUCACACUUAAAAAAUUCAUUUUCAGUUAGCUUUGCUGAUUUUGGAAAAGUUAUCUUAUGAAACCUCAAAGGAAUCUCAGAAGAUUAGUAUACCUUCUGUUUUAUUUCCAUUUGGCACAGUAGGAAUUUUUUUUUUUUUAGACAAAAUAUUUUUAUGUCAAGGACUUGAGAGUGAAGUACUGAAGGAGCUAAUUUCCUGUUUUAUGCUAUUAAUUGGUUCCUUCAGCUUGGAGUUUUAGUCACAGUCUAUACAGCACAAAUAAACUGUUAAAAAGUA